UCAGACCAACUUUAGCUUUGGUAAUAAACAAAAAACUCACAAAUGCCAUUCAAUAAAUAAUAGCAAUAAAUAAAUGAAAAACUUUUUCGUUUUCAACUGAAAAUAUUAUUUUUCCCUGUUCGCCAAUUGUGCAAUGAAUUUCAAGUUUCAACCUAUAGACACUUGAUUCUGUAAAUUCUGUUUCUAGUGUGUUCUUUUCUCAUUAUCUCUUCUCUUCAUCUUCUUCUUAUCAUUUGCUCCUCUUAUCGUCAUCACCAUCAGCGACAACAGCAGUUAUAAGUCAAGUCAAACUUGAUUUAGCACAGUUGUCGUGUCAACUCAAAUCAUGGACUCAGAUCAAGGUGCAAUGUCAUCUGAGGAUUACGUUUCAGAUUUGUUUGAACAUCAAAUGGAAUUUGGUUCAGGAUCAACACUAGCCAGUGGUGCUGGUCCAGUCAACGGUGCUAACCAUCAAGUACAACCUUCCCUAGCUCCACCUUUACUCCAUCAUCCAGUUCAUCCUCAUCAUGUAAUCAACCUCAGUGCCAAUAAUCUCAACAACAACACCAAUAACAACAACAACAGCAACAACACAAACACCAACAACAAUAGUCCCAACAACACCAACAACAACAACAACAACUCUAGUCCAACCAACAACAGCAAUACCAACGGCAAUAACCAUCCUCAACACCCUCACCAUCAUCACCACCCUCACCCUCAUCUAACACCUCACCAUAUUCACACUCAUCACCCACACCAUCAUCCUAACCAUCAUUCGUCUUUUGUAUCGACCAACAGUGUCUUUAACACUCUUCCUGGAUCCGGACAUUACACACAACCUUCCGUUCACCACGGCCUCACCAAUGGCAAUGCAUCUAGUGAUCGUAAUGUACAUCAUAAUCCCAAUUCUCAUGCCAUCUCACUUUACCCUGGACCGUCCCCUGGUAUGUCCAAUGGGUCAACCAAUGAUGGUUCACCCGAGUUGAACUUGAAUGAUGAUCAACUGAUUCGUUUAUCAGUUCGUGAGUUGAACAAGCGUUUACAUGGAUAUUCACGGGAAGACAUUCAACGGUUAAAACAGAAACGACGGACCCUCAAGAAUCGAGGUUAUGCUCAAAACUGUCGAACCAAAAGGUUGCGCCAUAAGCAAGACUUGGAAGUACAAAAUCGCCGUUUCGAACAAGAGAAUGCUCGAUAUCGACAUGAAAUAUUGGAAAUUAAAAGUCAACUGGCCUCAUUGAUCCACGAACGGGACUAUUUUAGAGAACAAUAUCACCUUUUGUGCCGUUCAACUGGCCAAACGUCGACCCUUUCCUUUUCAUCUUCCAACAACAACAACAAUCCCAGCAAUACAAACACAACCAACAACACAAACAAUACCAACAACAAUGCCAACGGCAACACCAAUGGUACCAAUGUAACUAGUCAAGAGAUUAAGUACAACGCUUCUAGUCAAGAGCUAAAAUCGAGUCAAGAUCAACACCAACACCAACACCAACAGCAACAACAGCAACACCAUCAUCCCCAACAACACCAACAAUAUCAUCAUCAUCAUCCCCAUCACAGUCACCAUCAACACCAUCCAGGUGAUUCAAUGUCUUCAAUUGGUUCAAGCAGUAAUCCAAGUUCACCGGAAUAUUACAUUCCCAAGUGCAUCCUUUAGUCUCGUCCUAGUUGGGUCGACCCUAUUAGGCCAACAGAAGGUAACAUUGAUCGUUAAACAUCAAAUCUUGAAGCAACAAAAAUCAAAAAAAAAGAAAUUCAAUUUUUCUCGAGAUUUUUUUCUUUGUUUUUCUUCUCUGUUUUCAAUAUUUCAAUAAGUUAUUACAAUUAUUAUUACUACUGUUUAUUUUGUUUUUGUUUCUUCUUCGUCUUCUUCUGGGAACUUCAUCUAUUCACCGACAAAAAACUUCCUUCAUCAAACACAAGAUUCACAUGAUCUUCACUGAUCUCCAAUGAAACUUUAUCAAAGUUAAACAUUCGAUUGAUGAAAGGAAAAGAGAGAAAAAAUUGAAA